AUGUCAAGCUCUUCUCCUGAGUUUCUUCCCUCGUUCAAGGACAACGCUGUGUCUGAAGAUCCAAGUUUUCAAUCGGAAGUAAAAUCAGGCUCUCAAAUCGAGGCGGUAUUUGAUGAGAUUCGGAAUCUACAGGAUGAGAUCUUACAGCUUCAUAGUUCUCUGAAAAAAGGUAAUGAACAGAUUCGUCGUGACGUUCAAGAAUUUUGCUUAAUUGGUGAAGACAGCGCCAAUUUGACGCCAGACAGCUCGAGCUGCGAUCAUUAG